UCAACCUCAAGCCCAACAAAUUAAAAAACCAAAUAUUUUACUAAUUGUAGUUUUAAACAUUAGAGCUUUAUUCUUUUAAUACGUAUUUACCUCUCUUUUUUCACCUUUAAGGCUUUUUAUCAAACGAGUGGCACGCAUAGCAUUGCCAAUUGGCAAAUCAAGAAACUUUUUUUUUUUGUGGCUCCUUGGCUUCUUUAAUCUUCAACUUUUUCUGGGUAUUGACGAGGAAUUGAAAAGAAGAAGAAGAAGAAUAAGAAGAAGAAGAGGAAAAUGGAUGGAGCAGAGUUGGAGUUAGAGAGGAGAAGCAAGUUCUUAAACAGUUUGAUUCAAAAGAAGAAAGCUAUAGAACAACAAGAGCAAAAUGAACAUCUCAAUGUUAAAGUCAGAGCUUCUGAUAUGCCUUUAGCUCUUCAAAACAAGGCUUUUAAAUGUGCCCGAGACCAGCUUGACUAUAUGCCUGGAAAGCUUGAUAGUAAACGCCUAGCUCUUGCCCUUAAGAAGGAAUUCGACUCAACAUAUGGUCCUGCUUGGCACUGCAUCGUGGGAACUAGCUUCGGCUCAUACGUGACACAUUCGCUAGGAGGUUUCUUGUAUUUUUCAAUUGACAAGGUUUACAUCCUUCUCUUCAAGACUGCUGUUGAGCCUUUAGACCAUUGAUGAUAUCAAACAGAUUUGUGUUGUACACAUUUCUUGUGUUGGUAACAAAUUUACAAGUUUCCAUUUUAAAGUUACAUGUAAAACUACAUAGUGCAGAAACUGAUGAACAUGUGUAUUGUUGAUUCUUCAAUAUUCAUGUUGUAUUUGCAGAGUACCAAAAGUAUAAAUUAAUGAUAGGUUGUCAAUUUGAUGCU